GAGGAGGUAUAGAGCUUGAUUUGUCCCGCAUGGCACAUGGGAGUCACUGGUCUAAUUGCUACGAUCUGUGAGUAUCUAGCUGCUCUACUGUCCCCCGCAGUUGCUAAAUCAAUAUAUCUAGCCCUACUUUAUUAUACUGUCACCGAGAUGCCCCGGUGUAUUGUGGGUGAUCAAAUUAGGUUACUCUUCGUUACAGGUGUUUCAUUGUCCUUAUGUAUCUCCCGCCUGCGGCGCUGCGUCCUGUGUGUGAACAUAUUUCCCUUUCUUGUGUGACGUGU